CAGGAAGUCGAUACGUAGUUGCUCUGCGACACAGUUGUAGCCGGUCGACUGUUGUCCACAUGUGUCCAGAAUGGUGAGAUUUAAAUCAAGGUAUCUGCUCUGUGAAGUCUGUGUGGAGGACCGAAGCAGCUUGUUGCUACUGGAGGAGAGGUCAAUUUAUCAAGCUGUGAAAGCUGCUGUCGCUCGGGCACACGGAGACUACGGUUCGGCAUUGCUCAUUCUGAGCUUCGCAGUGAAGUACGUGAAUGCUCACACAGGCGUUAUCCUAAUACGCUGUAGAAAGAGCCACUAUCGGAUCCUGUGGUCGGCGUUGCCUUUCAUUAGCUGUCUGGAAAACCGAGGACAGAAAGUGCCAUGUUCCAUCAACUGUUUGCAUGUCGGAGGUACAAUCCGGACAUGCCAGAAGUUUCUGGUGAAGUAUAGCACUCAACAGCUCCAUAGGAUGCUACCUCACUGUAAUACUGAAGCUGAGAGAGGGGAAGUGCGGAGGGCGGUGUUGAGCUGCUCUCUUGAGAAAGAGCAAGACGUUGAAGAGGAAGAGGCAGAGGAGGAGUGGGACGAUGAGUGACCACAUAUGAUGGGGAUGCUGCGGAGUGCUGGAACCUGAAGAGGGAUGUUGACCGCGUUGACGUCCCUGAAUCAUCCCCCCCCCCGUGCCACAGUGGAGUGGGUUGGCCAUCCUGACAUCCUGAAGUUUCAGAGGAUGGGUGUGCCGACUGUAAGAUUGUAGGGAGUGAAUUUCACUGAUUUUUGUUCAGUGGGAAUUUGAAUUGCAGUUUACUCUGUUGGAGUAUGCAAGCUCCAAUUUUCAUGUGUUCAUUCAUGGAUAAGUAUAACUUCUCUUAUGUGAUCAAGUGAAUUUUGAAUUGCAAGUGACCAAGUCAAGUAGAGAGUCAAGCUCACUUGAGUAAUGCCGAUUUUCAUUUGUAUAUCCAUUUCAUUUGAUGAUUAAACUUAAUGAUUGGGUAAAUUGUAGUACACAAUGGUAGGUGAGUGAGAUGGUGUAUAUUUGCAGUGUUCAAAUAAAAUUUGACAUUGUCACUUUAUACAAA